UUUAAGCAAGACCAUAUAGCACAAAUAUAAGAUAAUAAAACAUAUAUCAACAAAGGUCACCAAUACCAACAUUGAUCUAAGAAGACGCCUCUACCUAAUUGUGUUAUUUAAUUAGUACCCUAAUAUAUUCCAGUCCAAAAGGGCUGUUAACUAACAUUGAACAAACAAACAAGUACAAAUUAGCUUAAUUCUUCAUUAAUAUAAUCAACAAAGAAAGUCUUUAAAUUAUUAUAUUUAAAAUAAAGAAGGAAACUUUCAUCAUAAUUUCCUUCAAAGGAAUAAACCCAACAAAGUUAUUUAAUAAAAUGUGAAAACAUGGCAAAAAAAGUCAUUUAAUAACACUUUCAAAUUUGAAUAUGUAACAACCUUAUUUGAAAAAAUAUAUAUCAUAUUAUUAUUAAAGAGCAUUUUGUUUGGUUAAGUCUCUGAUCCAAACGUCUCCUUUUUCUCAUUUCCAUUUCAAAAGAGAGAAACAGAGAAAAACAGCAUAUUCAUCAGAGAUUAUUUCAGAGAAAUAUAAUUCUCUCUUCAAAAUUCAAACUCAACCCAGCAAUAAUGAAGAGAAAUAUUAUUUUACUUUCCAUUACAACAAUAUUGGCUACCACUUUUCUCAUGGAUUCAUCUUCAGCUCUCAAGCAAGGACAAACUUGUGUUUCAGAUAAGAACUGCGAUUCUGGUUUGCACUGCGAAACAUGCGUCGCAAAUGGAAAUUUACGCCCGCGAUGUACUCGAAUUAAACCCAUUAACCCCAUUUCUCAGGUGAAAGGAUUGCCAUUUAAUCGGUAUUCAUGGCUAACAACCCACAAUGCGUUUGCGAAGCUGGGACAGAAAUCGCAGACGGGAACACCGAUUGUGUCUUCCAUGAAUCAACAGGACUCCAUUACUAGCCAGCUCAAUGAUGGUGUAAGAGGACUAAUGCUGGACAUGUAUGACUUUCGAAAUGACAUUUGGCUUUGUCACUCUUUCGGUGGCCAAUGCUAUAAUUUCACCGCAUUUCAACCGGCCAUUAAUGUGCUGAAAGAAGUUGAAACAUUUCUCCAAUCAAACCCAACUGAGAUUGUCACAAUUAUAAUCGAAGACUAUGUGACAUCCCCAAAGGGACUUACCAAGGUGUUUGAUGCGGCUGGCCUUAGAAAGUAUUGGUUCCCUCUAUCAAGAAUGCCCAAAAAUGGUAGAGAUUGGCCAACUGUCGAUGAUAUGAUUCAGAAGAAUCAGAGGUUAGUGGUCUUUACUUCUAAAUCAAGUAAAGAAGCUUCUGAAGGCAUUGCCUAUGAGUGGAGAUAUGUUGUUGAAAACCAAUAUGGAAAUGGAGGAAUGAAAGCUGGCUCUUGCCCGAACCGGGCCGAAUCGCCUCCUAUGAAUACAACUUCAAGAUCAUUGGUUCUAAUGAACUAUUUUAGAGAUGUUCCAAGUUUGACUCAAGGUUGUAAGGACAAUUCAGCUCCAUUACUUGCCAUGGUCAAUACUUGUCAUAAUGCCUCUGGUAAAAGAUGGCCAAACUUCAUUGCAGUUGAUUAUUACAAGAGGAGUGAUGGUGGUGGGGCCUCAGAAGCAACAGAUGUUGCAAAUGGCCACUUAAUUUGUGGAUGUGGGAACGUUCUCAACUGCAGACCAAAUAUGACUUAUGGAGUAUGUGACAUACCAGAGGCUGAAGUUGCCCCAGCACCCAAAAUCAGCAGGGCACAACAAUCUGGCGUUGGGGAUUUAAAUAGUAAAGUUGUUCAGUGGCAAUGGUUGUUUCAGACAGUUCUCAUCAUGACCAGUCUUAUUUUGUAGUUCUCAUUUGUUGUGAUAUAAUUUUUUUUAUUUAAUCUUGUUUUUUAUAAUAUUCAUUGGCAAAAAGUCAGAAUAAAAAACAGAAGACCAAAAUAUAUACAUUAGCUUUGCAUGCAAUUGCCAUAUAUUAGCUUUGGAGGUUAUUCAGUCAUUGGCAUGGGUUUUUAGAGUUUUGAGAAAGAGUGUGUUUUAUUAAUUUAUUACCACAUGUUGGAUCUGGAUUGUAAAACAUAAAAAAUAAUAUGUAAAUUCAAGAAAAAUAAUUGUUACUUUUCUAAAAUGUAUUUAUGAAAUUGUUACUUUUCUCAUUAGUGAGAAAAAUGUUUAUGC